AUGGCAGCUGUCAUGCAGCCUUCAACACACCGUCCUCCAUCUAUGGACCGCGCACCUUCGUUCGAUCAACCUAGAUCACGCUCCACACCACCUUUCACCUCCCCCUAUGAUUCACCCACACCACACGUACGAACCAACUCUACCUCGUCCAACGCCUCACCUUACAAUCAACCUUUCUCAAACUCAUAUUUUCCACCAUCUCAUCAUCAACAAAUGUACGGUGUACAACAGUCUUGGACCGCCAAUCCCGUACCAGCGACGGCCUUCUAUAAUCCCCCCUUUCACGGUUUUCCCAAUGGGCAUCAACCUGUUUAUAACCAGUUCCAACAGUCUCAAGCUGAUUUCGCUGCCUGGGCAAACGCCUAUCAGCACAUGAUCAUGGCUUCUGUUCAGAAUGGUGGUCAUCCAGGUGGCAUGACUCCACCUGCUCCUGGCUCGGAUCACAGCAGUUAUGAAAGGAGGAGAACGAGCUCGGGCCCUGGUGGUCAGACUUUGAAUGGUAACACUGGUUAUUUCGAUCAUCCUUCCUAUCAGCACCAACGACCACCGCAACCACCCCAGCAACCAUCCCAACAAAUAGACUACUCGAACACUCCUACUCCACCUCAAGGCGCCCACACGAAACCACCGCAACCUCCUCAACCUUAUCACCCUUACAAGCGAGGUCCUUCUGCGAAACCUUCCACAGAAAGACUACCGAGAUCCUCAUCCAUGCCUACAGGCUUACAGGACCAGGCUGCUUCGAUAUCUCGCUCUUCUGGUCAGGUCGCUCAAGAUCAAACCCGAACUCAGUCUGCCCAUGCUCCACCUUCCCGACCAAAUCCCCCACCUGCUGAGAAACAACCAAGACCUCCUGUCUCUGCGGAAGAGGCGAUAGUACCUCCUCCUCGGAUCGGUGAUCACUCUAGGACCAACUCUUCAGGCAGUGAGCGUUCUGCUACUCGAGAGAUCCCUCCCGCCGCCGCUACUCGCACCGCUUCACCUGCUCCUAGGCCUAGCACAUCCAUGGCUCCACCUGCUCGCGCAUCCACACCACUACAUCCUGGACCCAUCACCAAUGCUACCAACACUCCUGCAGCCUCUCGACCGUCUCCCUUGUCUCAACCUUCUUCUACACCCGAACCGACCGAUAAGAUGGUCAAGACUGGAGGUUUGAAAGGUCGACUACGAAAGGCUUUGGAUAAAGACGCUAAGAAAGAGCCAAGAUCCGUCUCAGCACCUUCAGCAUCCUCGGUGCCAGUUGGUAAACAAUCUCUACCUCCUAAACACUUUGCCUCACCUUCGGAAUCAUCCACUCGUUCCGGUACCCCUCCUGCUACACCACCUCAAGAAUUUAGAGCUCCUUCAGCGCCGUUCACUAUGAACCCUGCUGCUAUGGGUAGUGAGAUCAGUCUAGCAGAGACUGAGCGGACUGCCACCGUCUCGGGUGAACAGAAGGAAAAGGGCAAAAGGAGUUUGUUCAGGAUGAAGAACAUGUCUACGGAUAAUAUCUCCUUAUCAUCCACGGUCUCGUCGGCUAGUAUGAUGAUCAGGAAGAUGGGCAGUAUAGGUAAACUUGCUAGGAGGAAUAGUUUGAUGGGUAUCUCUCGGAUCUUCAAGGACAAGCCUAAAGAUGGCGAAGAUGCCGCUCUACCCGAAAAGGAAGGCAAAAAGAAGAAAGACAAGAAAAAGAAGGGUAAAGGUGAAGCUGCGCCAGCGACCAUUUCACACGCAGUGGCCGAAUCAGACCGAUUGACCGAAGAGGAAGACCGAGCUUUGGCCGGCUUGUCACCAGCUGCCAAGCUGGCGCGACAACAUACACUUCGAUCAAAAGCUGAAGCUGUCAAGAAGGAUGCUACCGCUCAUCCAGCUACUGGCGAACCUACCUGGGAUCAAAAUACCGCUACUAGGCAAGCACAAAAUGGUAGUCUACCUUCUCUCGGUAGCAUGGGCGCGUCAAUGUCCAAUCCCAAUGGAUCGACUGGACCUGAAGUAGUCCGGGUGAACCACGCCCAAGCUCCUACCGUCGUACAUGCCGUAGCUGUUACCGAUCAAGAAUACGAUUCUGAGGAUGAUUCGUCCGAAGGUGAAACGGUCGAAGAUGUCACGAUGACCCUUGCUAAGACUAGGUUAUCGGCAGAGGCAGAUGCCGAGUUCCAGGCUACUUGGGGUAAUGCUUGGAUCGAUAGGAACGCUGUGCCCAAGAAGGGUAUCUUGAAAUCCAUCUCCUCGUAUUCUAAUCUCGAUGAAGCUUCUUCAUCAGGAGAAAAUCGCCAACGUUCCAAUUCCACUCAUACCUCUUCCUCGAACAACGCACCGGGACCCUUGGCCCAACUACCCUCAUCCAACCCAGCAUUGUUAGAUGGUUUAGUCCAUCCUUCACCACAAGUGGAUCCAGCAUACGACCCAUUCUCACCCGCUUUCUCACCGUUCGACUCUCCUACUACCACCAUCGGAGGGAACGAUUCUUUCUACGCUAAUCCAAAUCAAAAUUCUUCUGCGCCUGCUCUAUCUCUCUUGGGCACUAUGGGUAACAAACCUCCUCAAAAUAGAUCGAUGACUGCUCCCGUUGUUAGACGACGAAUCAACUGGGCUCCCGAAUGUGCCGUUUACCAGACUUACGACAGUGGAACCUACGAUAGAAGGAGUGAACCUGCUACGUGCAACAGGUUGACUCCGGAAUUGGCUAUGAGCAUUAAGCAAGAAUUAAAUGCCUUCAAACUUGAAAUGCCAGUUCAUCCAUCUUCAAAAAUGUAUACGCAUUACUUUGCGUGGUAA